AUGGAGUCUCUCAAAGCGGUCUUCUUCGGGCCAGACCCUCAGGUCCAAGUUAGGAAAUGCAACCAGCUUAUCCGGCAAAACACCCGCAAGCUGGAUCGCGACAUCGCACAACUCAAGGUCGUCGAGAACAAGGCCAAAACGGCCAUCAUCCAGGCAAGCCGCCGCGCCCAACGCAACCCCUCCCAGGCCACCCAAGCGGCGAAGGAAACCCGUAUCUUCGCCAGAGAACUCAUCCGCAUCCGCAAGCAAUCGCAGAGGCUCAUCACUUCCAAGGCACAGCUAAACAGCGUCUCCAUGCAGGUUACCGAGGCCUUUGCCGUGCGCAAGAUUGAAGGCAGCAUACGGUCCAGCGUGGGCAUUAUGAAGGAUGUGAAUAGUCUUGUGCGGUUACCCGAGUUAACGGGCACGAUGCAGGAACUGAGCCGGGAGCUGAUGAAGGCGGGGAUUAUUGAGGAGAUGGUGGGGGAUUCGCUGCCCGACCAGAUGGAGGACGAAGAGGAAGAGGAGGCGGAAUCAGAGGUCGAUAAGGUGCUGGGCGAGAUUCUACAGGAUCGUAUGGGCAAGGUGGGCGUGACCCCGUCUGCGCCUACGCCUGUACAGGAGAAGCCCGUGGCGGAGGAAGAGGACGAGGAAGAUGCGGAGGCUAUGCUGGAUCAAAUGCGUGGCCGGUUGGAGGCUCUGAAGAGCUGA